AUGUUACUUGACCAUGCAGCAUUGCUUACUUCUCAAGCAACAGUUUUAACGGCAAAUUUUUUCACACAUCAUUUAUCGGGUCCAAGGAAACCUUCUUGGCCAAUUCAACUUACUCUAAUGUGCGCUGCAAUGAGAACAUUAACGGAUCAUACCCAUUUAGUUGAUGUAGAAAUGUUAAGACGUUUCAUUAAUUUACCCUUUGCUUUCACCCCUUCGGAUAUUAUCGUUACUCCUGUUUCAUUUAAGGUUUUAAAUAGAGGUUUAAAAGGUAUGCUUGGAGAACUUGAAGAAAAAGAAACUGGUAUUAGGGAAAUAAGUUGUGAAUGGGUUGUUCCUAAAUCACUUUGGAGGAAAAUUAAUGAAGAAUUUCGUUCAUCCGCUGCUAAUUCUAAGCAUAUUUAUAUUGAUGAUGAUGGAAUAAAAUGGUCAAAUGAGAAAGUUAUCUUGUAUGUACAUGGCGGUGCUUAUUAUUUAAUGUCUGCGAAAACUCAUCGUGAAAUAAAUUAUCGUCUUUCAAAGGUAACUGGAAGAAGAGUUUUCGCGAUCAAUUAUCGACUUGCUCCUGAAGGACCUUUCCCAUGUGGUCUACAUGAUGCCGUUCAUUCUUUCCUUUAUUUGAUUGAUCCCAAUGGAUUGGCGAUUCAGCCAGAAAAUAUAGUUGUUGCUGGCGAUAGUGCUGGAGGUGGUUUAGCCUUGGCAUUAUUGUUCUAUCUCAGGGAUAAUCACAUGCCAUUGCCUGGUGGUGCAGUAUUAUUUUCCCCUUGGGUCGAUUUAACCAUGUCAUGCGCCAGUUGGGAUCAAAAUCAACAUUAUGAUUAUCUCUUCAAACAAAAGGAUGAAGAUCCCUUGCAUCCAGUCAAAUUAUAUUUGCACCCUCAUGAAGAACGUGCCAAAUUGGUUACCCAUCCUUACGUAUCACCUUUAUUUGGGGAUUUAAAUCACUUACCCCCUUUAUUAAUACAAUGUGGUGAUUCCGAAGUAUUACGGGAUGAAAUUUACUUGUUGGCACAUAAAGCUUCAGAAACUGGAACGACAUUUGUUCAACACGAAGUUUACGAAGAUAUGGUUCACGUGUUUCAAAUGUUUAACUUCCUUGAACCAGCAACAAAGGCUUUGGAUUCAGUAGGAUAUUUCGUUAAAAAUAUAAUACCGAUUUAUCAAAGAAACACCUUGUUACAUCAAGCGAAUCGCGGAAGGUUUUCUAUGCCAGAUUAUAAAUUACCAAGACCUGUAGAAUUAACCCAACAAAGUUCUACAUGUGGUUAUACGAGUCCAACGGAUCUACCUCCAAUCAAGGUGGAUAAAUCAACUUCAACACACGAAGAUGGAAUAAUCGUUCAUUCAACAUCGAAUAAUCCCUACUCGAGAAGAACGAAGGAAAAUAAACCUACAAGUGCACCUUCACACCAUCGUCCUAUGAUGAACACUUCAUUUUUGUGCUCUUCUAAUCGCAAUAACAAAAAUAAUGGACAUUAUAAUCAAUGUCAUCCUCAACGUACCCGCCCACAACCUACGAUUAAACCUUUAAGAUCUUCAAGUUAUCCUGAUCUAAAACAAUUAUAUACGGAUUAUAAUGAGCAUCCCGCUAUUAAAUCAAGCUUUGUGAAGUCUGAUGGGAAAACUGAAGAAAUAAAUGAUGUUGAUUGUGAACAAAUGCACAUGAAUGGGAUGAUGAAUAAGAAUGGUAAAAAGGAAGUUAGCGUUGGAGUUGGACCAGAUCGUUAA